AGGAGGGAGGGUGGUGCUUAAUUAACCCUCUCCGUUCCGCGAGCAGGAACUGGUAUUUAUUUAAGGCAGUCUGCCCCGGCCGCCUCUCUCCCCGCACGCUCCUUUUAGAUUGGGUGGCCACCCCCGCUUCGGCCGGGGUACACUUGCGCCCCAGCCGCGGGGAGAUGUCCAGCUGCGGGUCCCUCGGCCAGUUCAGCCGCCCGGAUUCUCCAGCCGGGGCAGUGCCUCCUUAAGCAGCGUCUACUAGGCUGAAAGUUGAGGCGGGGGUUUUGUUCUUAUAAGGAGGGAAAAAAAGUUUCUCUGACAUCCAGGAAAUGAGCAACCCCUGAAGCCCAUUAGGGCCAGGCUGAUGGAGGCCAGAAGAUCCGAGUCAGCAGAGCUGUCGCCGGCUCCUCGCAGCUCAUUACACGGAGAAACGCCCGGCAGCAGUUAAACAGUUGUCACACCGAAGUUUCCGGCUCGCCGUAAACUUUUUGUGAACCCACCCACCCACUUUAGGGUGGGGGGAAAGUAGCGGGACAGGACCAGGUGGCGUACAAAAAAGUCGACUGCUUGCAGGGAAAUUUUCAGCAUGACAGCAGGAAUCUUCAGGGUCUGCCUGGUGGUGGUCACUGCCAUCAUUAAUCAUCCAAUCCUGUUUCCUUGGGAGAAUGCCACGAUCCCAGAAAAUGAGGAGGAAAUCAUCCACAAGAUGAGGGUGCAUCAGGAGAAGCUGCAGCUGGAACAGUUGAGGCUGGAGGAGGAGGUGGCCAGGAUGGAGGAAGAGAAGGAAGCCUUGAAGCAGGAUGCUGAGGAUGGCCAGCAGCAGAACGAAGGCCGGUUGGCCUGGGACCUAUGGAGCACCCUCUGCAUGAUCGUUUUCCUGAUGAUCGAGUUGUGGAGGCAGGACUACCUGGAUGGCAUCCCCCCCGACUCUCCCGGGGAGGAAGAUGACCUUCCCAGCCCAAGGACCACCUUCCGAGGCAUCAUCCUCCCGGAUAAGGUGACACUGUCCCACUUUUAUGAGCGAUGCAUCCGAGGGACCACGGGAGACGCCGUCCGGACCCGGGAGUUUGUAGAAGGCUUUGUGGAUGAUCUGUUGGAGGCCCUGAGGAGUGUGUGUAACCGGGACUCGGACAUGGAGGUGGAAGACUUCAUCGGGGUGGGCAGCAUGUAUGAGAACUGGAGGGUGGACAAGCCAUUGUUGUGCGACCUCUUUGUGCCUUUCACACCCCCGGAGCCUUACCGCUUCCGCCCGGAGGUCUGGUGCCUCAGCAAGUCCGUCCCCUUGGACCUCCAGGGUUAUGGCCGGAUCAAGGUGGGCUGGCUCAAUGAGGAUUCGGUGGGCUGCAUCUGUGGCAAGACCAAGCUGGGGGAGGACUUGCUCUGCCUUCUGCACAGUAAGAACAAGACGGGCUCCAGCAGCGAGAUGGAAGACCUGCUGUGUUUCAAGGACUCUCCCUUCUUGGAUAUGGACCAAGUCAUGAAGUGGUUCCAGACGGCCCUCACCAGAGCUUGGCAACAAAUCUCCCACAAGUACGAGUUCGACCUGGCCUUUGGCCACCUAGAUACCCCCGGAUCCCUGAAGAUCAAGUUUCGCUCGGGGAAGUUCAUCCCCUUCAACCUCAUCCCGGUGGUCCAGUGCGAGGAUUCGGACCUCUACUUUGUCUCCCACUUCCCCAGAGGCCGCCCUGUGGGGGCCCCCGCCUCCAGUACGCACUGGUUCCUCUCCUUUGCUGUCUAUGAGAGACACUUUCUUAAGAUGAUCACCAAGGCACUGCCAGAAAACUCCUGUCACCUCAGCUGCCUCCAGAUCGCCUCCUUUCUGCUAACGAAGCAAAAUCGCCUGACGGGAGUCAGUGGUCUCAGCAGCUACCACCUAAAGACAGCUUUGCUCCAUCUGCUGCUGGCCCGGUCAGCUUCCGACUGGGGGUCCGGGCACCUGGAAUCCCGACUGAACGACCUACUCCUCUUCCUCGAGAAGAGCCUUCUGGAAAAGAAGCUCUACCAUUUCUUUGUGGGCAACCAGAAGGUGCCCGCCACCAUGGGUAUCCCUGAGCUCUUCAGGCGGGCAGAGCCCUUAAACCUGUUCUGUCCUUUUGUCCUUCAGCGAAGUCUCUAUCAGAAAACAGUAGAUUCCUUCUAUGAGAUGCUGAAGAACGCUUCUACCCUCAUCAGUGAGUAUUCCUUGCACGUCCCUGCGGACCACUCCAGCUCACACCAGAAACGGACCCUCUCCUAAGGUAGCAGGAAUGCAAGGGCCAAGGUCAGGGGGAGUAAAACAUGCCUCUCUCAGGCCCCAGGCCUUCACAAUCCCUUGGAAAUCCAGACCCGAAAAGAAGCAGACAUUCUCGGGAGCUGACGCUCAUCCUCUGGAGGAAACCAGUGGCCUUCAGGAGCAGGGAAUGUAGGACUUGGGGACCCCCAAAGGAAACACCUCGACUGCUUUUAUGCCAUAUUAGUUGGUUGGUGAGUGAUGGUUCCAUUUACUUUGGGAAUCAUUCCUUUUUAAAUUCUGUUUGAUUUUUCUCUCCUUUCUCCUUCCUUCUCCCAACCACUAUGGAGUUGGUAUUCUACAGCAGGAAAGUGAGGAACAAUUCCAAGUUUUUUGACUUGGUGUAAUCAUUUUUUGUUUGUUUGUUUUUUUUUACAUCAGGUUCACAAUUCUACUUGAAUAGCUUUGCUAAAAAAAAAAAAAAAACAAAGCAGAGCAGGGAGUCUCAGGAAACAGUGAGGAGGGCUGAUAUUGAAAAAAGCACCUAGCUUUUCUUAAAACUUUACCAGGUCCUUGGCUUGGGCUCCUGCCACUAGAAGUACCUCCAGGGUCCUAAUGUUAGAAUUUCCAGACUCAGCCUUACAUCCUAUGUAGCCAUGUUGGCCACUAUUUAUAUAAAAAUAGAAAAGAAAAAAAAGGAUGAUGGGCAUGCUGGUGCAAGUGUAUAGAUCUGAAAUGAGGCAGGUUCCUCCAGCAUUCACAGAGCAACUCCCUUGCCCCAGUUUCAUGGCAUCUCAGCUCCUCAGAGCACAAAAGCUCACCUGUGUGAGUUCUGAUCCUCCCCUCCUUUCUCUCCCCAUCAGGUUUCUGUGGUGGUUGAUAAGUUGGUAUUCUUGCCAGUAGAAUAAUGUGGUGUAUAUAAGGUGAGGUUGGGAUGUAGAUUGUAGCUGAAUAUCAAAAGGGGAGGGGGCAGGAAGAAGCUGAGAUGGGGGGGGGAGAUAUGUUGGGAAAAACUCAUAGGGUAGGGAAAGAGAAAAAAGAGACAAGAACACCGGAGCCUGAUGGUGAUUAUGAAGAAAACAUCCACCUCCUACAACACUUUUGGUGCUAAGACCCAUCUGUUCUCACAGUUUGGCCCCAGAGUCUACUUUUCCCAGCCUUUUGUUUCUUGUGACUCUGAAGUCUCAGAACUCAGGAAGACAUGUCGAAUGAUCAUGGAGAGAACCAUGGGCAACAGAAAUACCAGAAGGAACCUGCUCGUCAACUUAGGGGUUUUCACAGGAAAAACACCUGGAAGGGCUCUGUAAGGCUCCUUGUCAGCCAAGACGUAACCUUUGGUCUGGGCUUCUGCAAAAGGCAGAAAUGUGCAUUGCGGAAUCCAUUCCUGCCUGUAUUUCACCAUGUGAAUGACUCAGAAGCAAAACCACAGAAUGUCUCAGAAAAAAAACAAAAAAAACCAGAAAGCAGAGUCUUUCCAGGUCCCCAGCCAGCAGGCUACCAGCCAUUGUGGAGACACUGGUAGUAACUUAGCUUUGCCCCAAAUGUGUUUGAUCUGAACCACAGGUGAUGGAGGAUGGGCCCUUCCUAAAAGAAUGGACCCUAGAAGCGCUCCAGCGAUAGAGCUUCGUGUGGAUGGCAACACAUGCACCCUAAGAUUCUUCUACUGGUCUUUGGCAGUAGCUUCUUCAUGCAAAUGGAGCCAGAAGGAAAGGGGUGGGCUAGGGGAGGGAGGUAAGAGUGGAACAAUCCCCCUGGUACAGUUUCUAUCCCAACUCUAAUCCUCCUGUCUGCCCUAGCAAUAGAGUUACCAAAUAACCCAUCCAUUGGUCUUCAGGGGUGGGAUCCCUGUCUCUGUCUGAGAAAAAUAAUCUCCCCAUCUACCUCUCUCUGAAUCUUGAUAAAAGCUACUCUUUUCCCAGGGAUUCUUCACAGUUUGCUAAGUAAAAGGUAAAUUAUCAGAAAGAAAAUUCUGACAGGUAAAGAUUCUGGCAAGGAGUAGUUAAAUUACCUUAAAAAACAAACUUAAAACUAACUUCUAGUCUAUGUAGGUUACUGAUAACACAGGGUACUAACUCAUCCCUGUCUAUCAGGGGAGUAUGAGUAAAAGCGAGUAAAAGUGGGAGACUGGAGAAAAGUCUUCUCUCUGCACUGAUUCUGGUCUCCCACAGAGAACUGCACCCAUCACCCAAGUGGGUUCAAUGGGGUGCCAUGGCCCAACUCUCUAAGGCACUUGGUGGUGGCAACCACUGAACCAUGGGUGGUAAACAGCUUUAUUUAUUACAACCUUUUUCUUUUCAACCCCUGUUCUGGACUCAUCUGAUGCUCUUGGAAGAAACUACAGAGAUCGGGGACUAACUGAAAUCCAAGACCCAACCCAAAUCCCAUUUCACUUUCCUCUUUUGAUUCCAUGAGAUGUUUUGCUAAGAAAUAUAUUCUGUGUUGUUUAUUUUUAAGACAAAUGCUAAAAGGGCAAAAGGAAUCUUAUUUUUUUUUGUAUCCAAAUGCUGCUUUUAAAGCAGAAAGUUGUUGAAGUUUUUGUCUGCAAUUGGUAUUUUAUGCCGCCUUAUUUAUAUUACAUUAAAGAGUUAAAUCUUGUAAAAAGUG